CAGUUUCAUUUUGAUUUUCAUACACUUUAAUUAUACUUGACUAGUACAAAUAUUAAUAGAGUGUACUUGAUUUACAAUAGGGCUUUGUCUCUACUCUCCAUGUAAGCUGAGCGCCUUAGAAAUAUUUGCAGUCAGCAGCAAUAGAUUUUUGAAGUUUGUUUUCAAGCCAAGAGAAAUUUCAUAUGUAUUUCCACAUUUUAUGGUAUCUUCACACAGUUUUGUCUGCUAAGUUAUUAACUACCUGUGAUCAAAUCCUGACACUCUUAUCUUUUGUAACAGCUAAUGUUUCUGGUGCUUCAGCAAGGAUGUUGAUGUUUCAUUUGUCAGUGAUGAUCAAGCUUUUCUUCCAGCUGGAUGCAUCUGUUUGUCCUGAGAAAUGUGACUGCUCUUUCAAAAACGCAAUUCAUUGCUCUGGCCCUCACAUAAAUGACCUGGAAUCAUUAAAUCUGCCUCGCAACGUGACAGAAAUUCACGUAACAAACACUAAUGUAACAUACUUGCAGGAUGUUUUUUCUAGGAUGGUAGAGCUGCAGCAUCUCAUCUUAUCUUCAAACAAUAUUGCUCUCAUUUCACCAGUGGCUUUUAAAGGCUUGAGAAGGCUGAAAGCCCUCGGACUGCUAGAUAACAAGCUGGUUGAACUUCCUCCGGAAGUGUUUGAUGACACGGUACACCUUCGGCAAUUGAUCAUUAAAAGUAACAGGCUGAAAUCCAUCAAAGAGAAUCUGUUUGACAGACUAGCCAGUUUGGAGGAGCUUUUCUUGAACAAAAACCAGCUAACAGCACUUCCUAGUGGCGUGCUGAAGAAACUUGCCAAACUCAAAGUGCUGAACCUGUCAAGAAAUUUUUUGGCAGUACUGCCUAGAAAUAUAUUUAGUGCAUUAACCAGGCUUGAGAAGCUGAUACUGUAUUUUAACAGGCUCUCUUCAAUUGAGUCUGGUUUGUUUGAUAGCCUGAGGGAACUGCUGGAACUCUUCCUGCAUUCCAAUGACAUCCAGUCCAUCGCCCCUGAUGCAUUUCAUCGACUUCAGAAGCUUAGAAGACUAACACUCUCCAGAAACAAACUUGAGGUUUUGCCUCCCGGGCUCUUUCUGCACUUGCAUGACCUGUCUAAAUUGACCUUGUACAGGAACCCACUGAAGUCUCUUCCAGAAGUAUUGUUUGGAGAAAUGAGGAAUCUUGGUAGCCUGUGGCUGUAUCACACACAGCUCUCAAUGAUACCAGAUUUUGUGUUCAGUAACUUGACAAACUUAGAGCUUCUUGUGCUGAGUUUUAAUCCAGAGCUCAGUGUUCUUCCUAGUAACGCAUUCAGUGGUCUGAAAGAACUGCGGGGCCUUUCUCUGCAUACAAAUAAUAUUUCCAGUCUGCCGGAGGGUAUCUUCCUGGGCCUUCAGAAACUGCAGAACAUUUCCCUUUUUGAUUCCAGGCUUGAGUUUCUUCCGAGAAACCUCUUUCAUAAUCUCAAGCACCUUCAGAGAGUUUACCUCAAUAGUACCAAGCUGCAGUCUCUUCCUGGAGAUUUCUUUGUCGCCUUACCUGAGCUGCAAGAAGUACUCCUUGAUGGCAACCCUUGGAGAUGUGAUUGCCAGAUUCUUGGCUUCCAAGAGUGGCUCCAGAAGAGCAAGGAGAUAGUAAAGGAAGUGCAAUCUCUAGUGUGUGACAGCCCACUAUCCCUAAGGAACGUCUCUCUGGUGGCUCUAACAGAUCAGCACCUGCAGUGCCUGCCAGCCACAGCCACUGCAUACCAGACAUUUAGGUCAGCUUACUCCCAGACUGUGACUUCUCUUGUGACAGAGCACUUGAAAUCAUCUUGGAAGACAACUGUGACAGCAGUGUCCAACCUAGAUGCCAGCACACCCAUGUCAAUUCCUCUUGCAACUCCAGGUUUUACCUAUUCACAGGCUCAAGGUGUUGAACAGUUAGGCUUUCAUGUCUCAGGUGUUCCAACCCGAACUUCUCCCAGCACCAUAGUAGAAACCAACAGUGUCAGAGGAACAGAUUUAACUACUCUUGCCUGGUGGGAUGAGUUGCCAGCCCGCAGGAGUGCUGAGCCACUUACUAAUAGCAGGGUUGUCUAUUGUCAGCUAUUCUUCUGCCUUCACAGUUUGGUUUUAGCACUCCAGACUGUCACCGUUGUGCUCAGUCUUUGUGUAGUGGGCAAAAUCAGGCAACUCUUCCCCUCCAGAAAGAUUCCUGCUCAGCCUGUAGUUCUGAUAAGUUUUUUAAAAAGAUAGAGGGUACCAGCCAUAGAGAGGAUUAGGAGCGUUGCUCUGUUCAAUUUGAGUGUUCAGAUGGUUCACAUUUGGUUCAGAUAUGGAUUACAAAUCUUCACAGCAAGAACCAUAAAUGCUGUGUCUGUACAACAUAAUUAAAAUAUGCUUUUAUAU